GCUGGACAUCCGCAAGAUAAUCACUAAGGUCCUAGCUCCAGUACUGACAACUGGGAAUGUUCUUACGAUUGAUUGCAAUUGCUUCGUAAACACGCCCCGCAUCACAAUGUCUCACGACCCAUUUCCCUCCAUUCUCGUGACUCCAGAGGAAUUCCACAACGCGAUUAACACAACUACCCGCCGUAUCGUUCCUGUAGCAGCAGGCCGUGAUACACUACGCCCUUCUUACGAGAAACAGCACAUACCAGGCUCCGUGUUCUUCGAUAUGGGUGUUAUAGCAGAUACAACAUCGCCGUACCCGCAAAUGCUUCCUACGGCAAGCCAUUUUGCCAACUGCAUGGGGAAACUGGGUAUCCAACCCGACGACAUCCUCGUCGUGUACGACACAGUGGAAAUCGGUAUUUAUAGCGCACCGCGCGUAGCAUGGGUCUGUCGACUGUUUGGACACAAAUCGGUGCAUGUCUUGAAUAACUUCCGUCUUUAUACAGAACAAAGGUAUCCUGUUGCGGAAGGGAAGAUAUCGCCGCUCCCAGAGGCCGUUUAUCCAUAUCACGAAGCAGAUGCGAAGCAAGUGAUCCCCUUUGAGGAAUUGCGAGACACAAUACUUCAUGAACCAGCGAAAUACCAAAUUAUUGACGCUCGGAUACCGGGGCGGUUCUCAGGAAUACAGGACGAGGCCGAUCCCGCUCUUCGAUCGGGUCAUAUGCCUUUUGCGAUCAACAUUCCACUGGCAGCUAUGUUAGAUGUGCAGUCUCACGCUUUCCUUCCCUUAUCCCAAUUGAAGGGACUUUUUGAGAAGGCGGGCAUUGAUGGAAAGUUGCCUGUCGUCUUGACCUGCAAUUCUGGAGUUACUGCAGCGGCGUUGGAUCUGGCGUUGCAGGAGACGGGGUUUAACAUGGAUCGGAGGGUGUACGAUGGGAGUUGGAUGGAGUGGACACGAAGAGCUGAGAGUGAUCUGGUCGUCAAGGGUUGAUAUCUAUUUUUCCCACUCUAUUCUUGACUUGGUGAGACUACCGGUCAGAAUAUUAUAAUUGUUUUGUAAAGCAUCGUCUAUGCAUUUCACCUCAUGCUUGGGGCACAUUCCACAUCAUGGUCAUAACAAUGACAGUGAAUCAAUGAAUGUACAGCACCUUGAUGCAAACCGCACCAACCCAAGUCUGUCACUUGGAACAAUGAUUGCCUUCGCCUUCUCACCGGCUUAACACCACUCCAAGAACCUUUGUCCAAAACACCUUGCUGGGUACAUGACGAA